AAAUGAGACAUCCUCCAACGUGUUUAGUUCUCAGAAAUGAUUCCGUUCUUCCGCAAAUCUGUACAUUUACAUAAUUUUGUGACGAGUGAUCUAAAAAGUUCUUGCCUUCUGAAGGAAGAACCGACGUGAGUUUGCCCGCUUCAUGAGAACUCCAGGACAUUUCAGUUUAUUUGAACCCCAUAUUUAUUUCUUUUUUUGAGGAUGAUACUCACAUUUCAACUGCUCAUCUUCUCUCCACUGAUGACUCUUGGAGCUCUUGGGAUUGAAUGGACUGUGGAAUACAGCAAACAUCCCUGUGCUGUAAAAGGAUCUACAGUGUUUAUGAACGGCACGUACACACAUCCAACAUAUGUUAAAGUGACAAACAGGUUUUGGGUAAUAGAUCCAGUUAAGGGUGUAGAAGCGACUGAUCUGCGUAAUGAAUCAGGUUACUCAGGCAGAGUGGAGUAUUUAGGAGAUGAACAGAAUCACUUCUCCCUCAGACUGAGUGAUGUGAACAAAUCAGAUGAACACGAUUACUGCAUCAGAGUUAAAGGAAAUAAAAAUUACCUCUUUUAUCCAGGAAUAAUACUCCGUGUCACAGAGUUGCGAGUGGAGGCUCCUGAAACGGUGGUGGAGGGAAAUGUCACGGUUUUAUUGUGCGACACCACCUGCAGUCCCUCGGACACGCCGGCGUUCAUCUGGUACAAAGACGACAUCAAGAUUAUUGGGAAAAACAUCAGCGGUAACACUCUGAUUCUGAAACCUACUAAAGCAGGUGACGCAGGAAGUUAUAGCUGUGCUGUGAGAGGUUAUGAAGAUCUCCGAUCCCCUGCUCAAAACCUCAGUGUGAAAUAUCGUCCAAGGAACAUCUCAGUGUAUAUCAGUCCCUCUGGUGAGAUUGUGGAGGGAAGUUCAGUGACUCUGACCUGCAGCGCUGAUGCAAACCCACCUGUGGAGAACUACACCUGGUUUAAAGGGCUGAAAUAUGUGGGAAACGAAAAGACCUACACCAUCUCUAAGAUCAGCAUUGAGGACAGUGGAGACUACAAGUGCAAGUGUAUAAAUAAAGUUGGACAUCAGUAUUCAAUAAAUGUAACUCUACCUGUUACUGAGAGGCAGAGAAAAUCACAAACUGCACUGAUUGCAGUCAUAAACCUGUGUCUAGCAGCAUUGGUGCUUUUUAUCCUCAUUGUGCUUCUGAGGAAAAAGAAGAUGUUCUGCUGGUCAGAAGAGCGCCCAUUUCAGCCGAAAACAAUGCUGGUCAAUCUGCAGCCAGUGAUGAUGUUCAGUAUGCGAGUAUUCCACACCCGAGGAGAGCUGAGGGGUCUUCACAGAGCGCUACUGAUCAGGGUCUUUAUGCUAAUGUCCAGCGCAAGCGUGGUCAUCAGGAGGAGGAGUUGCAUUAUGCUACGGUUAACUUCUCCUCUUCAAACAGGACUGAACCUGCAACAGCAGCGGAUAAUUCAGUGAUCUACAGCAGCGUUACAGCAGCGACAUAAAAUCCUUCCACCUUCUGAGUUUUGUGACAUUUUUACGAGCCGAUAAAUACAGGAUGAAGUUUUCACACACUUGAAUCCAGUUGAUUGGCAUUUAAAACAGGGAACAUCUGGACUUCUGGACUCUCCAACUUCUUAUACACUUUUGUACGUCGCUCUGGACGAGGGCUUCUGCUAAAUGCCGCAAAUGUAAACGUAAAUUUAUUCACCUUCAUUACAGAUUCCAUAAAAAACCCGGCUGUAGUUUUUUCACUAUUAAAUGAUUACCAAAUCAUUUUUCACUGCAUCACUGUUCCAGUUAAAACUGCUGUUUGCUCAUUUGCUGGUAUUGUGUGUGUUUCCUGUAUUACAGCAUCACUUACAAAACAACGGCUAAAAGUUCUCUGAUUAUAAUCCCUGUAUAAAGUUCAAACAUUAAGUGAUUACAUUUCCACAUAUUAAUUUAUUAGCUACUGCUAAAUUAUAUACAACUCUCACUAAAUAGUCAAUUUAUUCAAAUAGUUAAAUGGAUGCUUUUAUAAUUUCCCCCAAAGUGCUGUUUUUCUUGUAACUGAAGGUGAAGCAGAAUUUGUUGUUUUAUUAAAACGGUUUUUCCAUCAUGUGCAACAAUAAAAUGUUCCGAAUUAAUUAUUAAAUAAUUAUUCCUGCUUUAUAA